AGACUUUAAUAUCUCGAGAAGGAAAUGUUCUUUUUAGCUGAAAUUUUCAGGGUAUUCUAGUCACAUAUAGGCUUCUCUAUGGGCAAAAUCUCAGGUCAAAAUACCGUCAUCCGAUUUAUUCCUACAUACUCUCCCAUAGGCUAAAGUUUUAGUAUAUUGCCUAUAACUCGGGUCAGAAGGCCUAUGGGCCCUUAUCCUUUUGGGGUUUUUCAUACUUCACUGGGGUCUACAUUAUGCACCGGACCCGAACUCCAAAGCGACACUUCAGUUGGGGAUGCUCCCUCGUAAGACUCAUACUCAUCUUAAAAUACAUUUCAGACACUGAUUAUCCUUGAUUGAUUGGAUACUCUCUACGUCAUGCCAUAAAAUGAUGCUUUUAUUCCAUUCAUUUAGGCACCACUAUAACUGGCCGUUUAUCGUCUAGUAAUCCAGUAUUCCGUCGACCUGGUGGUAGUUCGGGAUACUUCUAUUACCAAGCUAUUCAAGUGACUGUUUCUACAUCUGGUCUGUACAGUUUUAUCAGCACCGAUGCAAUGGACAGUUUUGGCUGUCUCUAUUCUGAUUUUGUUGAUCCAUCUUAUCCGUCUCAGAAUUUGAUAUCAACUGAUGACGACGGCGCUGGUAAUCAACAGUUUCGAAUUAACGCCACUCUUCAGUACGGAAGAACAUAUGUUUUGAUUGUCACUACCUUCAAUACGAAUAAAAUGGGAGUUUAUAUGAUCACAGUCAAUGGUCCAUCAUCAGUGAUUCUGUCAACUUUUAUUCCAUCAACGAGCAGACCAAUGACAUCAUCAGUCACCACUUCAGCUGGUCCGUCGACUUCAUCUGGCUCUUUAUCAUCCAGUAGUCCUAUCUUUGUUCGACCUGAUAAAAGUUCAGGACGCUACUAUUACCAAGCUAUUCGAGUGACUGUUUCGACAUCUGGUCUGUACAGUUUUAUCAGCACUAGUUCAAAAGACACGUUUGGUUGUUUCUAUUCUGAUCCUGUUGACCCGUCGUAUCCAUCUCAGAAUUUGAUAACAACUGAUGACGACGGCGCCGGUAAUCACCAGUUUCGAAUCAACGCCAAUCUCCAGUACGGAAGAACAUAUGUUUUAAUCGUCACCACCUACGAUGUAAAUACAAUAGGGAGUUUCGUAAUUACAGCCAACGGUCCAGCACCAGUGGUUCUGUCAACUUUUACUCCAUCAACGAGCAGACCAAUAAGUGAGCUAAUCAAACUGCUAUAUAACAUUUUCUAGAUUUAAUUCUCAUGUGACUGAAUACAUAGUAAGUUGACACUAACUCAACAUAUUUCAAGAAGGCAAAGAUUUCACAACUAUUGACCACCGAAUACGAUAGUUUGAAUGAUGACUGCUGUUGAUUUGAGUAGGCAUAGCAGAGAAUGACUGAUCAAGUUUCUUUUUACUUUGAGCAAUUCUUCAUCACGUUCGAAGACCUCUAUAUCGUUUAUGAAUUUGAAUCAGAUCUAAAUUGAGUUUCUCUAUCGACUAUGUAUACUCAUAGUACAUAAUUGUACCAAACUUCAAAAAUACGAUAAGAGAUUGCCUUAGAUUAGAUUGCAUGUACUGAUUUCUCCACAGUUGAGUUUCUAUUGUUUUGCGAGCAACCAUAGGACGCGUUAAGACAACGUCUUUGACAAUGAAGGAAGAUUUAACGAAAAUGCUCCGAUAUAGUUUCCUAAACCAUCUGUUUAAUUAGUUUCAUCAGAUAAUCUUACGAUACAUGUAGUCCGUGCCUUAGAAAGAUUUUUUUU